CGCUUCAAGGCGCAGGCGCGGGGAGGGGUUGGGGGAGGAGGGAAAGCGGCGAGUAAGAUGGAAGAUGAGGAGGUCGCUGAGAGCUGGGAGGAGGCGGCAGACAGCGGGGAAAUAGACAGACGGUUGGAAAAAAAACUGAAGAUCACACAAAAGGAGAGCAGGAAAUCCAGAUCUCCUCCCAAAGUGCCCAUUGUGAUUCAAGACGAUAGCCUUCCCACGGGGCCCCCUCCACAGAUCCGCAUCCUCAAGAGGCCCACCAGCAACGGCGUGGUCAGCAGCCCCAACUCUACCAGCAGGCCAGCUCUUCCUGUCAAGUCCCUAGCCCAGCGGGAGGCAGAGUACGCAGAGGCCCGGAGACGGAUCCUGGGCAGUGCCAGCCCCGAGGAGGAGCAGGAGAAACCCAUCCUUGACAGGCCAACCAGGAUCUCCCAACCUGAAGACAGCAGACAGCCCAGUAAUGUGAUCAGACAGCCUUUGGGUCCUGAUGGGUCACAAGGCUUCAAACAACGCAGAUAAAUGCAGGCAAGAAAGGAUGCUGCUGCCACCGCCGCCACCAUCGCCUCCUGGAUUGUCUGCCAUGGGUUGCACUGCCGUGGCAGACAUCUGGACUUGAGCAGAGGGAACGACCUGACUUACUUGCACUGUGAUCCCCCUUGCUCCGCCCACUGUGACCUUUAACCCCAUGCACUGUGACCUCUGCCUCCCCCCCUUCCCACUGUGUUUGGCAUGUUGACAAGGGCUGUCCCAAGUCAAUAGAAAGGGAAAGGGUGGGGAUUAGGGGAGGAUUGGGGGAACCUACCCAGGACUCAGAGUAGAGGGUCAGACAGUGCCACUUGGCCACUUGGGGUAAAGCCAGUGCCAGCAAUAAGUUUAUCAUGCUCAUUAAUUUGGGAUUUCAAAACACAAAUGAGAACUGCCCCCACCCACCCCAAGUGCAUGUCGCCAUCACUUAAAAGUAAGUUCCAUUGAAAAUAUCCUUUCCUUUUUUUCCUUCCUAUUUUUGUUUGUUUAUACAAAUAUCUGAUUUGCAAGAAAAAGUGCAUGGAAGGGGUUUUAGCAGUUUAAUGAAUUUUUAAUUGAGAAAGGGUAGUUUGGUAGUCACUUAAAGAUGUUUCUAGGAAAUUUGCUGGAAACAUUAACCAAUAGGAUUUUGGUGAGCUUAGCUUCUGUAUUCCUACUGCUGCCCAGAAAAGGCAGGGCUCCAGAGCCGCCAGUAGAUGAGCACUGUGCCUAUAUCGCCUUCCUCCAGCUGAGUCCCAGCUAAGUUGCCUACAGACAGCUCAGAGAGCCUGGGGAAGGGUGCCAACCCCACCUCUAGUAUUGUGGGAAAUGGGGAAAGUGACGGGUCUCCCCUUCCCAGACCCCUCAGGGUGACUCCCUACCAGCCAGGUUUGCUGCUUCUAGAGGUGGGCAGGGCAGGGAGAGUGGGAGAGGAGACUGUACUCUGGGCUCAGAGCAGGCAGGGGGUGUGGGAGAGGAGACUGUACUCUGGGCUCAGAGCAGGCAGGGGUGGCAUUUGUCCAGUGUCUGCUGUCAGCGCAAGCCCAGGAGAGUCUGGCUCAGAACUCCAGGCCUCUGCUGGUGUGGUCAGAGGUAGACAGACUGGAACGUUUAAGGACAUGUGGCGUGCCACAUCUGUUGAUAGCCCUGGCUCAGAAACUAUGCCUGGUACAUUUCCCGGGUGAAAUGAGUACCAUAGGGGUAGAACAGUUGGAGAAGAGUUGGGGAAAGAAAAACUUAGCAUUGCAGAGGCAGAUGGUUGGUAGGUUUCUCAGAGGCCUCUGCUGCCCUUCCCCUUCUUAUCAGAACGAGGCUGGUAUGAAGACCAUUUCUGUCCCUGAGCCUGGAGAUUUGCUUUGACUCUAGGUGGGGAGAGGCUUGAGAGGGCAGCUGUGUCCCACCGGGUGCUCUCAGGCUUCAUAGUCUUUCCCGUGCAUUUCGCCUUAUCCCUCAGCCAGCCUGACGGCCUCCCCUCUCCUGGCCAGCACACAGGUUUGGGAGUGGGUGCUGUGGUGUAGAUUAGGGCAGCUUUUGUGGCCAAGGUGGUGACCUGAGUUUUGCAGAAUCCCACCACCUUCGGUUCCCUGGCUUAUGCCCUGUAGCAAUGGCCCACAACACAACCCUGGAGCUUCCUGAGACCAGGGACCUUCUGUGAGCACACGGGACAGAGGCUCAGCAGGGGGUUGGCUAACCCCAGGACAUGCAGGACGUGCAGGACGGGCAGGAGUUCGCUGCUAGCUCAUAGCCUAGGGCCCACCACUGGGCUAGUGGCUUGUGGUUGGCGGACAGACUGUGCUUUCUGUAGAGAAGGGUGCAGAAACCCUGCUUGCCCCACCCCCCUCUAGUGGGAGCUAAGGAUAGCUGGUGUCUGCUUUCUGAGAGCUUGCAGGAGUGGCUCUCCAUUUCACUCUGGCCAAAGAAGGUCCUGCCAAGUGUCCCUGCUCCUGCCCACCGGCAGGCAGUCUUGCACUUGGCCUCCUAGAUGGAGAGGCGGCUGGCAUAAUGAGAGAAAGAAGGAAAGAAAGGAAACAGACUGGUGUUGGGGGAGGGGGGAGGGCAUGGGAAACGGUUUGGAGUGUGUGUGUGUGUGUGUGAGGUUUUUUGUGUGUGUGUGUAUGUGGUUUAUUGUUUUCUCCCCCCCCCCCCCCCCCCUUUUUUUUUGUAGUUGUCUGUAACUCCAUAAGUGCUUUUCUUUUCUUUUCUUCCUGUCUUAAGUUGCAGGCUUUGGCUUGGAAAUCCCCAGGGGGAUGAGGGGCAGGCACCUGAGGCUGCUGCCCCCUUUGUCUGUCUUCAUGGUACUGUCCCUUCCCCCAGCUCUUCCUGGAACCACGAGCCAGGCCUCAGCCCUCCUAGCUAACCGCUUCCCAUGAGCCACUACUCUGAUGUCAGCCUAUAACCAAAGGAGCUGGGGGUCCAGGUCUGGUGACCAGCCCUUCUCAGUCCCCUCAGUCAGGGUGCUCCCCACCUGCAGGCAGGAGGCAACACCCUAUCUGCUGCCAUCAGCCCCUUCCAGAGCCCACCUGUCCCGCUCAGCCCUGUCCUGCCCUGCCAUACCCUGCUCUGCCCCGUCUGGGGGUGCUCUGCUCAGGGAUGGGCCGGCAGGGCUGUAUCCAGUCUCCCUGGUAAGCAGAGACUCAAGAAAACCUCUGGGGUCCUGCUCUGAUCAUAUGACCCAGGGGGGACCCUUGGGCAUCUGUACAGAAGGGACUGGGAGGGAGGGCCGCACCCUGCAGUCUCGCUCUGCUGGUGUAGCAGGCAGCUCCCCACCCUAACCCCCACCGUGGGCUCCUGAGUCGGCAGAUUAAGCAUUUUAUAAAUUGUAUUUUAAAUACAUGUUUUAAACUUGUCA